CGUUGAUUGUGGCCCGUGUAGCAUCAGGAACGUUUGUUUUCGGUUCCCCCUCACGAAGAUGGACUGGACCGAGAGCAGCACCGAUCACGGCCACAUGCGUGACGGCUGUCACCACGGACAUGCGGGUCACUCUCACAGCCACGGGCCGAGAGCGGCGGCGUUCGGCAGCAUGCCUCAUCCCUUUGCGCCGGCUUUUCAAGGGCCGUUUGGCAAGAGCGCAGAUCAGACGAUGGACCUCACUCAGCAGCCGAAGAAACGCUCGCACAUGGACGACAGCGCCAGCUGGGACAUCGUGAAGGCAACACAGUUCGGUAUCCUGGAGCGCUGCAAGGAGCUGGUGGAGGCAGGAUACGACGUCAGGCAGCCGGACAAAGAGAACGUGACUCUGCUGCACUGGGCGGCCAUCAACAACCGCUCCGAGCUGGUCAAGUAUUUCAUUUCUAAUGGGGCGAUAGUGGACCAGCUCGGGGGGGACCUGAACUCCUCUCCUCUUCACUGGGCCAUCAGGCAGGGCCACCUCCCCAUGGUGAUCCAGCUGAUGAGAUACGGAGCAGAUCCCUCCAUCGCCGACGGAGAAGGUUACCGCGCUCUGCACCUCGCCAUCCUCUUCCAGCACAUGGCUAUAGCUGCUUAUCUAAUGGCUAAAGGACAGGAAGUCGAUGGGCCGGACUGCAACGGACAGACGCCGCUGAUGUUAGCAGCUCAGAAGAUUAUUGGGCCGGAACCCACUAACUUCCUCAUCAAGAAUAACGCUUCGGUGAGCGCCGUGGACAAGGUGAACAGGAACACUCCGCUGCACUGCGCCGUGCUCGCAGGAAACGUAGACGCUGCCCACCUACUGCUGGACGCUGGCGCCAGUGUGGACGCAGAUAAUAUCAAUGGUCACACGCCCAUUGAUUUGGCGCACCAGGUGCACAGCCCGCUGCUCAUUCACAUGCUCAACCACGUCAAGCAGGAGAGGAUCCGCUCCAACUCGCGCUGCCUGCGGAUUGUCAACAGAUACAGGGCGAUUCUGCAGUUUCUGCUCUGCACGGCCAUGUUCGGGUGUGUGGGCGCAAUAGUUGAUAUGAACUCAGACUCCUGGUUGCUCAAAGGGGUCCUGCUGGUCUGUGUGAUAGGUGUGAUCAACCUGGUCUCAAGGAAUUUCUCGAGUCCGUCCUUUCAGUCUCUCCUCCCGGCUGCAUCUCUCAUGGCCUCUGUUUUCUGGAUGCUCGUCACCUGGUUCCUCUGGUUCCUGCCAGAUGGACCCAGCACCACAGUUCAGGUUCUGUUCACCCUGAACGCCACUGCUCUGCUCUACUACUACCUCCGCACCUGCAGGACGGACCCUGGCUUCGUCAAGGCAACCGAGGAGGAGAAGAAAAUGAAUGUGUUGGUGUUGGCUGAAGCCGGCUGUCUGGACCCCAGGAUACUCUGCACCUCCUGCAUGAUAAAGAAACCAGCGAGAGCGCAGCACUGCUACACGUGUGACGCCUGCGUGGCGAAGCAGGACCACCACUCCGUCUGGACCAACAGCUGCAUCGGUGCGAGGAACCAUCACUACUUCAUCCUCUUCCUGUUCUCCCUGGUGCUCAUGGGAGCCUGGAUGUUCUACGGUUCUCUCGUGUACUGGUCGACUCACUGUGUGCUGCAUUACGAGGAGCAGGGCCUGUGGGGCGUGGUCUCCGCCCUGGUCAGCUGCUCUCCCUGGGUGCUCAGCAUCUUCCUGCUGGCCUUCUACCACACAUGCUGGUCCAGCUUGAUCCUGCUACUGCAGCUCUACCAGAUUGCCUUUCUCGGACUGACCACAAGCGAGCGGACGAAUCUGACGAAUCACCAGAUGAAGCUGCGGCAGUCGGUCUCCCUGAGACAGAAUCCAUACAAUUUGGGCGUGGUGCGGAACCUCGCCUCCUUUUUCCAGCUGCGUUGCUGCGGCCUCUUCAAACCGGCCGUCGUGGACUGGACGCAGCAGUUCCCUCCCAACCGCGAGCAGCACGUGUUCGGACAGGCCGACAUGGUCUGACCUCCCCGCCGCCACUCGCUCAGGAUCAAAGGUCAAACGUCUACAGUGGUUAUGGACCAAAAAAAAGCACAGAUUCUAUUUAUUUAUUUUUUUAUGUGUGGAGAGAGGGGGCGCGAUGGUAGAAGCGACACGCAGAUAGGGAUUCAGUUGCUCUUUGUACAGACUGCUGCUGCCUUAUACCCGACCAGUGUACGUGACAUUUUCAUUUGGGUGAACUGAACCUUUAAAGGCCUCAAUUGUAAUGGAAGAUUUUUUUUUAUAAACACGUUGAGCCUAUUUUUUAUCAUCUGUCCUGAGGAAAGAAAAAAAAAACUCUUUGUACGUGUAAACGGUUUCUGAAUUUUGUAAGAGUUGCAUGUGUUUAAUAAUGAAUGACCACUAUAUCACUUCAAUAAAGACAUGUUGUGCCUGUCGCUUCUCA